AUGUCUGACUACGGUGACGACGACGGAGCUUUUAAUGAAGGUGCUGAGAACUAUGCCGACUUCGAUGUGGAGCAUUUCAGCGAGGAAGAGGCCUUCAGCGAUGACGGACAGACCCACGAGUACCCAGACGAAGAGACCGCUGCGGACGGAAGAAAAAUAAUCAACGGAGGAACGGGUCCUUCUGAGGGUAACGGAAAGCACAAGAAAGCAGUAAAGAAUGCUGCCAUCUCCAAGGAAGACAGAACCACCACGCCAUACAUGACCAAGUACGAGCGUGCCAGAAUACUCGGAACAAGAGCCCUUCAGAUUUCGAUGAACGCUCCUGUUCUGGUGGAUAUAGAGGGUGAGACUGAUCCGCUCCAAAUUGCAUUGAAAGAGUUGGCACAGAGGAAGAUUCCGUUGGUGAUCAGAAGGUACUUGCCAGAUGGAAGUUACGAGGACUGGGGAUGUGACGAGCUUAUCGUCGACCAAUAA